UUGCGUGCUGCGUGCCAGCAAGGAGAUCGGUUCCAGGAGCUUCUAACACUUGUCGCUUUCUUUCUCGGUGUUCAUCCUCCCGCAGUAUAUUUUUAGAGUGCUACUGUAUAAGCACAGAUGGGAUCAAUUCUAAGCUCGCAGAAGAGCAAGGAAGAGCGGGAAAUGGCGUCGAAGAAGGCCAAGGAGAUAGCAUCCUCUGCUCCUGUCGUUGUCUACAGCAAGACGUACUGUGGAUAUUGCAAGAGGGUCAAAGAUCUCUUAAAUCAGCUAGGAGCAGCGUAUAAGGUCAUUGAAUUAGAUGAGGAAAGUGACGGGGGUGAUAUUCAGGCAGCUCUGGCUGAAUGGACUGGACAAAGGACCGUGCCCAACGUGUUCAUAGCAGGAAAGCACAUCGGCGGUUGUGACUCUGUUAUGGCGAAGUACCAAGGCGGUCAACUUACUCCGCUUCUCACUGGUGCUGGUGCCAUCGCCAAGAACUCUGCUUAGCUCUGAGGAAAACAGCCUGCAAAAGACUUGCUUGUAUAAUAUGAAUGGGUAAUAAAUAACUUGUGCAGGUAUUAUGUGCAAUUGCUCCAGCAAGGACGCGUAAUAUUUUAUUAAAUUGGGCAUUGCUGUGUACUUUUUUUCAUA